UUCUACACAUUGGGUGAAAUUCAGUUUGCCUUCAUUGGAAGUGAGAAUAUUUCAGAGAUGAAGAUCGCAAUUAUAUUUUUCAUCGCUUUUGUAGCUUUUGCUAAUGCGCAAAACGAAGGAGAGCCCGAUCAAUAUUUAUCAGAACAGAACGAAGUCAAUGAAAAUGUACCAGAACUGAACGAAGUCAGUGAAAAUGUACCAGAACUGAACGAAGUCAGUGAAAAUGUACCAGAACUGAACGAAGUCAGUGAAAAUGUACCAGAACUAAACGAAGUCAAUGAAAUGAUGGAAAAUUUAGAAAACCAAGACAAAGGCAUGUCAGAAGUAGAAGAUGUUAUUCCAAAAAAUAGGAAUAAUCAAGAAGAAUCUAAACAAUUAUGCAAGGAAGGAAAAUUAUAUCGUAAUCCAAAGGACUGUGGUACUUUUUAUAGUUGCGCCAUUGGACAUUAUCCAUACUUGAUGAACUGUCCAGCUGGAUUACGUUUCAAUGAAAAGUUGAAAGUUUGUGACUGGCCACAAAAUGUACAAUGUUAAAAAAAUGGAAGAUAAUUUAAAUAAUAAAUAGAAGUUUUGCAAUGCAAAGGAAGGAAACAAAGGAAUUUCUUUAUUAAUUUUCUGU